AUGGAUGCCAGGGUGGUUUGUGUAUCCCGCGGUUCAGAUGAUGUGGAGAAUGCAUUUAAGCGGUUGGAUGACACGCAGGUGCAGCUACUGUACACAAAAUUUCCCGUGGGCAUGGGGACCUUUAGGCGCAACAAGUUCAUCUACGUUAUUUUUAUCGGCCCCAACUGCGGCGUUGUCAAGCGUGGGAAGGGCAUUGCGGAAAUAAACCUUUUUAAAAAUGUGCUUCACGGUGCCGCCGGUAUCUCCACGACGGACAAGUCAUCACUUUCCCUUGCCUUUUUAGUUCAGCAGAUGCGCAGCGUGUUUGUCACGGACGCUGGCAACUUCUCACUGGAAAAGAUACAAGAGGAAUAUAAACGUUGCAUAAAGGAACAACAGUGGACGAUGCAUCGUGAAUCAAUACCACCAUCACGACCACAUUCAAUAUCCAGGGCAUUGUCGCGCCAUUCUUCGGAUGAUGAAGUGUAUGAAAUGCCAAGUUUCACCUCCUUUCAAAUUCAAAACGUCCCCUGCGAUAUCGACGACAACACAAGGAGCGUUCUGGAAGCCCUUCACAUGAAACUUGGCCCGUUGAAUUGGGCUACCUUUGAGGCUAAUCCACUGCAUUUGACGCUUGCUGGUGCCGGUAACGGAGGCAUCUUUGAGCUUGUGAAGCAACUGCCCGCAGCAAAGUGGCUCUUUGGUCUCUUCCGUAUAACACUUGGUGCAGCGGAGGAGCGUCAAUCGCUGUUGAUCUUCUUUCAAUGGAUAGGCAGUCGACUCCGGGUGGUGCGCCAAGGGCCCACCACACACAUAUUCCCCAAAAUGGCUUCCAUUCUCGCGCCGUAUGAAUAUGAGGUUUACCUGGUCGGCACACAAGACCUGAACACCCAGAAGAUUAUCAACAAAUGUCGUCUUGCCUUUUUAGAUUAUCGGGUACAAAGUAAACCCGAAGUGACGGAAAAUACUCUGCGUGAUUUAAAAAAAAAGCUGCGCCCUGUCAAUUCCACCUUCACAGAGGAAGAGUACCGAGUCAUCUUGGAGGAGGAGCGAGCUAAGAUGGACCUUAACUUUGACUUUAUUCGUUCAAGGAAGAAUCACGCUGUACGGUCGUUUUCCGAAAUCAACAAUGACAAUGGCGUUGGGAAAUCCCGUGUCUUCGACAUUAAGGAGACACUUGACCUCAUCAAUCAGAGUGAAGGUGGACUUGUGUGGGGCAUAUUUGAGGCCCGCGCAUGA